AUGACAGACCGAAGGUGGCCGCCGAUGACGAAACCGCUGCCACUGAUGACGAGUACAGGGCUUUCUUGCCCCGUCCGCAGCUUUUGGCCGAGGAAGCUUUCAGUUCCAGGGUCGGUGGUUGCCGAAGACGGUUGCUGGUGUUUCGGGGCUGAAGCUUCAGCCUCUGUUUUGCUACAAACAGUGACGACGGCGACGUUUUCCCAGGACGCAAGGCUUCUGCUUUGGGGAACGCUUCAGAUUAGUGCUAACCUCGCGUUAACUCCGUCCAUUGCGAACUCGCCUCCUUCUCUGCCCAUGCCUCCGCCGAUUGAGAGGGACAGGUUUUCCGGUGAUGUAGUCCCCAGCUUUGGACUCGUUGAGGACCAAUUUGUGAAUUCUAGCCUGAAGAUUAUCUGCCGGGAGGAGAUGGACAGUCGCCGGCGGGAGUAUUUUGCUGAUGUUGGCACUAUCGCGGAUGAGGGUUCUAUUCCUCUUCUUUGUUCGGUGCGUGAAUCCAUUCCCGUGGAUGAAGGGAGGAUCCUUUCUUUUAUUGAAGAAAUUUGGGAAUCGGAAACCCCAAUUCCAAGAAUUCACUGCCCCUUUAAAUCAAGCAACCAGAUAUAG